AUGACCGACCCAUCCACUCCCAAGAGAGGCUACUCCUACUUUUGCCCAUGCGAACAACUCUUCCUUACGCUUAUGGUCCCUCUUACAACCCUUCCUGAACGACAACUGGACCACGCACUUGUUGUAGAUGAAUCUCUUCCUCAUAUUGCACAUUUUCAUACGGGAAACCGAUAUUUUAUUAUAAGGUAA